CGCCAAAUUCAUCCCUACCACAACAACCAGACAUUCAAUCGAUCCCGCCACCGGCGAUCCGCUAUACGAAGUCCCCAUCGCACGCAAACAGGAUCUCGACGCUGCCGUAACAGCUGCCCGAGAUGCCUUCAAGACAUGGAGCAAGACCUCCUUCGACGAGCGCUCCAAAAUGCUCCUCGCUUUCGCCGACGCGAUCGAAGAGAACACAGAAGACCUCGCGAAGCUCGACACAAUGGAGUCCGGGAAACCGCUUGAACUCGCGAAAACUGAAUUCGCCAUGACGAUCCAAUGGCUCCGCGCUUUCGCAACCAUGGAGGUCAAAGACGAGAUCCUCGAAGACAGCGACGAGCGAACGAUAUACCGGACUUUCCCACCGCUCGGCAUAUGCGGCGGUAUCGUGCCGUAGAAUUGGCCGGUCCUGCUCGGUGUCGGGAAAAUAGGUCCGGUGCUGAUCACGGGCAAUUGCUUUAUCAUGAAGCCCUCGCCCUACACGCCGUACUGCGAUCUUAAGCUCGGCGAGCUGGGCAUGUCAAUCUUCCCGCCGGGCGUAUUCCAAGUCCUCAGUGGCGACGACGAUCUGGGGCCAUUCGAAUUGGUGAAGCAAAUGUACUCUGAGAUCGACAAGCAAGGCUGGAAAUGCGCGCUCGAAGGCAGCGUCCGCGCCGACUCAAAAGGCUACUAUAUCGAACCCGCUAUUAUCGACAAUCCGCCCGAGGAUUCGCGUAUUGUCAUCGAAGAGCCCUUUGGCCCUAUCGUUCCCCUGCUGAAAUGGAACGACGAAGACGACGUCAUUGAGCGGCUAAUGCGUUGCGGACUGGCCUCGGCGCGCGUCCGUUUGGAGCAGAGAUGUCUCACGCGCUGA